AUGAUGGCAGCGAUCGCUUUGGCGCUGAUCAACCUGUUUGGUCUUGGCCCAAAGACGACCCAGUUGAUGGUCAGCCUCUACCAGCAGCACCUCAAGGACGCCUCGAGCAGCGCGCCGCUGCUCAGCGAGGCAUCCAAGGAAGCCAAGAAGAAGUUCGGAAUGGUCCAUGGCAUCUCGAUGUUGCUAGACCUGAUGAACCUUGGGGCCGUGUUUGCCUUCAUCUGCGCA